AUGCCGACACACCACUGGACGGCUAUCAAAUUAUCCAACAAGAACAAGAAAGAUGUUCAAAACCAGGGAGAAAACCAGGAAGAUAUUGUCGCCGAUAAGCCCGGUCUGUGGUUACCUCCUUCACUUACUCGAUUGAGCUUGUCGAUCUUCGGUGUCCUCUUGCUAGGUCUCCUGGUGGCGCUGGUUGUGCUCAAAUAUCGGACGGACCAAGAUCAUGGACUCACAAUCAUCACAUCGAAUCACUACACAUGGACAUAUGGACCGACCGCGAUCUUGGUGCUAGUAACAGCCUAUUGGCGCUUGGUCGAUUACAAUUGUAAGGCUCUUACGCCUUGGGCCGAGCUUGCAAAAGGUCCUAUUGACGCACGUCGAAGCUUGUUGCUGGACUACGUAUCUCCCUUCCUGGGCUUUACCGUCAUCACGUCGGCCACACGUGGUCACUGGGCAGUUUCUCUGACGGGUGCAGGAUUUUUGCUAUCAAAGCUUGUCACAAUUGCAUCCACAGGCUUGUUCUUCCCCUCUUUGGUCCCAUCCGUCCCCACCAACAUCCGGUUCUCUCAAAUCACCAGGUUCGACAAUGUCACGGGCUUCCAGGACCCGGGGCCCUGGCCUUUCUACACGGCGUACGCCACCCUCGAGAAAGCCUAUCCACUGUCCGAGGGUGCGGAUAGAAGCCUUGUUUACGAAUCGUACCGCCCACUGAACGACAGCUCAGCCUCGAACGGGACAUAUCAACUGACAGCAUCAGCACUGGUGCCUCAUGUUACAUGUGAGAGUGUCGAGGUGGACAGAAUGUUGGACAACACUUCGUUGGCCUCGACGCCGGAGUGGAAAUUGGAAGUGAGGAACAAUUCGGGCUGGCGGUGCCCUCAUAACGACGUUCCUAAUUAUGAACUUUUGAUCCGUGCGUUGGGGGCGGAUGAUGCUUACUGUCCUCCAAGACAACUUUACCCUAAUGCCCAGCAGCUGAAAUGCACUCAUGAGAAUUCGGAAAACGACACCUACCUCUGGCCAUACUUUGUAGGCCUCUCUGACGUGCGUUAUACGCAGAAGUUCAAUGUUUCUCUGGACGGACACGUAUAUGGCGACAGCCUUGUGCCUGAAAGCUGGGACGUCGAAAUCUUGAAGACGACGGCGAUACUGUGUACUAUUUCUCACACUGAUCAGCUUGCGCUUCUCACAUAUAAUAUGUCUCGCUCACAGAAUCCGGUGCAGGAUGUCGAAUUGCUACCCGAGAUCGGUAAUUUCUCAAGAUUGAACCUUCCCGCGGAAUACCUAACAAACACGUUGGACCAGGCGCCCAAGAUGUUUGGUGAAACGGACGUGUACUCGGCCUAUACCGAGCAACCCCUCAAUACCGUGCUAACGAUGGUGGCAGAGCACGCACAGAGCGACUAUGGCUCUUUGCUGGACAGUCCGGAUAAAAUGACUGACAGCGUUCAAGAUGUGCUACAUCAGACGAUCAUCCAAAUCCUGAAAUCUGCGCUGCUUCUCCCUACGAACGACACCUUUCAAGGUAGCGAAAUCAUCGGCCAGAAGCUUUCAUCGGAGGAGAGAUUACAAGUACAAAAGUUGUCACUGAUAGUUAUGUUGGUUGGCGUCUCAUGCAUGGCCAUCUCGAUUAUUCUCGUCAUGUUCUGUAGACCCACAAUGACACACAAGAUCAACCCUCUCACAUUGGUAGCACUUGCCCAUACUCUACAGAACAGUCCGCCUGUACAGAGACAACUGUCUGGUUUGAUAUUUGGUCUCCGACAACGAUCGGAAGCCAUCAUUCGACAAUCACAGUGGUUUGGGUUAGGAUCUCUCCCAAAGAUGGUCCUCCGAAGUACAUCCAAAGUCGAGGAAAGCCGGGACCCAAGUGAGCUAGCUAUCCAAUCGUCAAUGGGCUACUCCAGGCCGUUCACACUAAGUAAAACGUUUCUGUGGCUGACAUUCCUGUUGCCUGUUUUUUUGAUUGGCAUUCUGGAAUAUCUACAGCAUCUGUCUGAUACGGACACCGAUCCAGGCAUCGCCUAUCUCUCGGCCGAUUCACUCGCCCAAAGUGUGGUCUCAAGAUACAUCCCGGCUGUAGUUGCACUGCUGGUAGCCACCAUGUUCAACUGCCUUGACGCCAACAUCGCUAUUUUAUUACCCUUCAGCACAAUGGUCGAUCGCGAAGUCUCCAACGACGAUCUAUCACAUACGUGGCUGGAUAGAUCUCCACCAAUGUUGAUCUACCAUGCAGUGAUGCGACGACAAUGGGCGUACGGCCUGACUACUGUAGCCUCUGUGGUCGGUAGUAUACUCACAAUCGUUACCUCUGGUUUAUACACCGUGGAAGACGUUCCAAGAUCGGCGUUGGUCAAUUUCGUUGCCCAAGAUUCAUGGAAUAUGUCCUUUCAUCAGGCCUUGUCAACUGACAACGGAGCGGCGCUCGUGUCAAGCCUCAUCGAGACCGCCAAUCUCUCAUACCCAGCAUUCACCUUUGACGAACUUGUGUUCCCAACGUUGGCUCUCGAUAGCUCAAAUGAUGCGCUUCGAAACAUCAACCUUGGCCUUGUAGAUGCCAAUGUCCCUGCACUCCGGGCGGAGCUCCAAUGUACCGAGAUACCCCUGGACCUCUUCAACUACUCCCUGACAUGGAACUCUCAUUAUGGUUUUGCUGACAUCUUUUUCGGCGGCCAAGUCCCUCUCCCCGAUCACUGUCACUUGGGCUCUGUGUACGGGAACGAAUCGUCGGUGUCGACCUCUGUCAACGGUGACGGUUGGUGGACCGGUGAUGGUUAUAAUGUGACCUAUGUGGCGCAGGCCAUGGACGUACAUCUCGGGGCAUGGCCCGGAGAUGAGAACGACAUAUUUUAUACGGAGAUCGGAAAUCUGGCGAUGGCCAAUCAGCCAGAUAAUCCGCCAGGUUGUCCAUCGAUGCUAAUCUUUUAUGGGUUUCUUGAUGGUCUCGAUCUCAAUAAUAGUGUGUUCAGAUCCAUGUUGUGUGACCAAAAGAUUCAAAAACUCUCUGCAGGCAUCACGCUGAGCCUACCGGAGCUGAAAAUUUCGACUGACAAGACGCCAGUCGUUGACGAGUCGACGGCGGAAUACCUGCCAAGCGGACCCAACGGAGAGACGUCGUUCUGGUGGCGAACGGAACCUGGCUUGAAGUCAAGCUUCCGGAUCCUGAACGAGACCGCGGUGGAGUCGCUUGUUGUGGAAAACGAUGAUGGUUCAUCUUCUUUCAGUGUCAUUUCGAGCUUUUUCCGCGGAGCGAUGUAUGGACUGACCCCAUUCCCACUCGAAACGCUGCAGAAGGACGACAAGGAGACCAGGGACAAGAUUUUCGACCACGUCCAGAAAUUCUACCGCCGUUACAUGGCGCAGUACAUCUCGGCCAACAUGAGGACGACACCGCCAACUGCUUCCCAAAAACGAGAUGGUGGCACCGUUGACACGCAAUCCAUGGCUGGAGUCUACACACCCGCCAGUGGUAAACUGCGACUGAUGCAAGCUAAAACCCCCAAGAUUGUCAUACAGGCGAUGCUGGGGUUCAUGGUGGUCUGCGCCAGUCUGGCGCUCUGCAUUGGGAGGUACCACGACCUCGUCCCGUGGAACCCGUGCACGAUCGCCGGUCUCUUGAUCCUCUUUGUCGACAGCAAGAUGUGUGCGCCUCUAGGCAUGCCACACGACUCCUCAAACCAACUGACCCAACUCGAAACCGCCUACAAGUCCGACGGCGGAGCGGCCAAACACACCAGAAAAGGAACCCAGAACACCACCUCCACCUUCGAACUCACCGACUUUCCCAACAAGCUGGGCUCUCCGGGCAUGAAAAAUCAAUACGGCACAGAAACUAUUCAUCCACUCGUCGAGCACCCGACCAGCAGCAGCGGUCAGAGCGACGUGUCUAUGUCGACGAGCGCACAGUGGGAGAGGCCCAACGCCCGCUUCCGCCUCGGCUGGUGGAACAAAGGCAAAUACGUGGGCCCACGGCAUCCCUCUCAGCCGAAUCCUUCGCUGUUCGGGAGGAAGCGGUAUGAUCGUGUGUUGCUGGGCGAGUAUACUGACGAGGAUAUGAGUAAUUUGAGGUACGGCAUUGAUGUACUGAGAUAG